UUCCAGACUGUUUGAAAUAAUAAUAGACGAAACAUUUCCUCCUCGUUUGAAUGGGUGGGAUAAGCACGAAAUGAUUAAUUUGUCCUUCGUUUGCGCCGAGUGGGCGUGCGAGGCAAGGAAAUAUAUUCAUCAGCGAGACGAAGACGGCAGAUAUUUCUUUUUGGAUUCCUGGCUCUCGUCUAGGCUAGAUAAUGGUGCUGGGCCGACCGUUGUGGCCCUACUGCCGCCUGCCCUCUGGCCAGCUGUGGGGCCAUGCAUAUCAAAUGUUGACGCGUCAAGGCGCUGUUUUUCAAAAGAAAGUGCUGCAAAGAUUUCAAAACUUGUGCCCGAUUUGGAAAUUCUCGUGGCCUCCGUGGCAUUUUCAAAAAGUUGGUUUAAGAAUGGCUAUUCAAUCCACACCGUAUUUGACGGGAGCCUACAAUUUCUGAACGUCAAGGAGCUCACGUUGUGGGUCAACGGGCCUUGUCCUUUUGUUGAAGUGCGCAGCCAAACUUAUCCCGGGCCUGAGUCCAGCUAUGAACUCACACCGGAACAAGAAGUUAGCGAGUCCGAAACAAUGCUAAGGGCGUUCCCAAGGUUGACCGUGUUAAGCCUAGACAAUCACAUUUGCCCUGUUUUGGAAGCCAUUUUAAGCAUGCUUGAAAACGCACCACCAUCGCUUGAAUCUAUCUACCUCGUCGUCCGAUCGGAAUGGGUGACAAAAAAAAUCGUGGCGCAAUACCCGCUCCUGAUGCAACCUCACUGGAUACAAAUUCCUAUCACGAAAAUCUUGUUCGUGGUUUUCGUGGGCAUUGAAUACCCUACAUUUCGGGAAGAUGUAUUUUUCUUCCAGGUUUUACUAAACCAUUGCUCUCUAACUCUGGAGAAAUUGGAAAUUACUGAAUUGACUGCACACAUGGACAGUCCCAAGGUAACAAUUGCCUUUCCAAAGAUGCCUCGAUUAAGAAAAAUAAAGCUGGUCCAGAUGCCUUGGCCACCGCACAUUUGCUACCGAUAUUUUACCCCCCAAGUGCAGGACGAUGACCCCGCGAUACAAUUUCCAUCACUAGAAGAACUUCUCUUCGAUGGAGUUCAAUGCUAUCAAUCAAGCGAAAAAUGUUACGAUCUGGACGCCACCUUGUUCAUGAUUGAAGCCCUAUUCCCGUCAGAGACCAAGCCUUGCGAGUCGUUACAAAUGUUGUCAAUUUUUUCCGGGGUGCACGAUGAGGUGUGGCAGAAUGACGAAGAUAUAAUGCGGCUACUACCUCCUCCCAUGGGGCAUCUUGAAGUUGAGAAGAAUCAUUUAUGUCAGGCAUUACCAAGCACGAUUGCACGUUUUAAAGGAAAAAUAUUAUCCAGAUUUCCGAAUUUAGUGACGGAAUGUGAAAAUUAUAUCGCUUCGAUUUAGAAACAAAUAUGUACCCACAGAAUUUAGCGUUGUAAAGUUAGAAGUAUUUAGCUCACUCAGUAGUAAUGACUUUGUAGAUAUAACUUUGAACCAUUAAUAUGGAAUAAGCUGCCAGAAUGGAUCCAUGUUUUUGAUACGAUUUUGUACAAAUAGAAUCUCACAAUUGAAUUGCGAAAUUCUCACUUUUUUACCUGCAAGCUAAAUAAAUCCGUUAAAACGUUGAGAAGUAAAUAGUUACGGGUGAGUCCCUACACGCAAAACACAAAUUGGUCAAAUCAA